UUCACUUUAACACGAGACUGUCUAUCCUCCCCUCUCUGUGAUGCAAGACGAUCUUUCCACUCCUCUCUAUGGUUAUCCCCUCUCUUCCUGGUCUGCUGCCCAUACACGCAGUUACAGAUAUGGUAGACACAGAAUCACAAAAGGAAAAGAAUCAUCUAAAACACAAGAUUUACCUUGACUAUAAUGCUACUACUCCUCCUGCCAGAGAAGUGGUCGGCACUGUGGCAGAAGCUUUGCAAGAGGCCUGGGGCAACCCAAGCAGCAGCUAUACUGCAGGAUGCAAAGCCAAGGAGCUGAUAGACACAGCACGAGCUCGCAUUGCCAAGAUGGUGGGAGGAAAACCUGAAGAUAUUAUUUUUACCUCUGGGGGCACAGAGGCUAACAAUAUGGUGCUUUUCUCUGCCGUGGAGAAUUUUAACAGAACAUCCAAAGAAAGGCAGAAUAACAAUGUGGACUGGGCAUUACCUCACAUCAUUACAUCAAAUGUAGAGCAUGACUCUGUGGCACUACCACUCUUACAACUACAGAAGACUCAUAAAGCUGAAAUUACAUUUGUCCCAGUCUCUACUGUAACGGGUCGUGUAGAGGUUGAAGAUGUCAUUUCUGCUGUAUGUCCCAAUACUUGUUUGGUGUCCAUCAUGCUGGCAAACAAUGAAACUGGAGUCAUUAUGCCUGUGGGUGAGCUUUCCCAGUGCCUGGCUUCCCUUUCUAGAAAAAGAUCUGCACAAGGGCUUCCCGAGAUCCUACUGCACACGGAUGCUGCCCAAGCCUUGGGAAAGGUGGAAGUGGAUGUGCAAGAACUGGGAGUAAAUUAUCUGACCAUUGUUGGACACAAGUUCUAUGGGCCACGCAUUGGAGCCUUGUAUGUUGGAGGCCUCGGGCACCAGUCUCCUUUGCUCCCCAUGCUUUAUGGAGGAGGACAAGAGCGCAACUUUCGCCCAGGAACAGAGAACACACCAAUGAUAGCAGGGCUUGGACAGGCUGCAGAGCUUGUGUCCUUACAUUGUGCUGCUUAUGAGGUUCACAUGAGACGCAUACGGGAUUAUCUGGAGCAAAAGCUGGAGGCUGUGUUUGGAGACCGAAUCCGAUUGAACUCUCGGUUCCCUGGAGCAGAACGGCUUCCAAACACCUGCAACGUGUCACUUCUGAAACCUGCAGUGCUUGGACGUGAGUGGCUUUCUCACUGUCAGUACCUUCAGGCUAGCGUCGGAGCAGCAUGCCAUUCAGACCGGGGAGACAGUCCAUCACCGGUGCUGCUAAAGAGUGGCGUGCCGCAAGAUGCUGCGAGAUCUGCAGUGCGUCUAAGUGUGGGGCGAGAAACAUCUCAGGAUGAUGUGGAUUUGAUUGUCAGAGACCUUGAACAAGCAGCCCAGUUACUUGGAAUGAAUAAACAAAGCUAGACAUGUUAGCAGUCUCAGUGAUAAACACCUGCCCCGUUAAGAUGUUAAAGAACAACACAAAAUACAAAGCAAUUUUGGAAACAGUUUUCCUCUGUACUGAUCUGUAGGAAGAAAAUGACCUUUAAUUUGUAUUUAGUCCUUAAAGUUGACUUGAACUGGCUUUAGUUGUUUAAAGAGUGCAGACAAGGAACUUUUUAUGCACUGGCGAUUCAGCACUAUGUGCCACCAUGAAGCAGCUUUUAUAAAGCCACCAUCACCCCCAAGUUUACCCCUACAGCAUGCAAUUGGGGCUUUUUGCCUGCCCUGGAACCUUAACUAUCUGGACAGUUCUCAAUAAAUGUUGGUGUAUGCAACUAAAUAUAGAAUUUUACAUUAAAGCGGAUCUAAAUAAAUCUAUGUAAACAUCCCCAGAGUGCUUCGUUCAGCACUUUAGUGGUUUCUGAGAUAUUUCACAGCUCUUUACAGAGAAUUAGUGACCCUAGACUACAUAGAAGUUGACUUUGAAACAUUCCUUUAAAGGAAUUAAACUGACAGUAUAAAAUAAACCGUACAUUUACUAUAUAUUUAGCCCCAGUGAGUCCAAGCUCUCCCCCUGGCAGCCACUGCAAAGGAUACCGAUUGAGUUUUGAGUACUCUGUCAGCACGUGCAUUAUUUACACUGAAGCUGUGUAUACCCAAUGCGCACCCACACCGUAUUUAAAUUUUUCUUUAGCAGCCGGACAAUAAACGGUAACAGACACUGCAGGUUUCCUUAAUGAUUAAUGGUUUUCUGAAGAAUAUUGAUUUCCUUGUAACUAUGGACGGCAUCCUCUACACGCCAGCACCUCUAACCUUGCUGCACAGGAUUCUCCUUAGUGAUCAACAAUCUUUUUUUAUAUUUCAAUAAUUUAAUUGUUUUACUACAGUUAUUAAUGCAAUGCAAUGCAGUUAUGAUAUGUCUAUACAGCAGAAGUAAUCAAAAUUGGAAAGUUGCUACAUAAAAUGUUUUCCAUAUAAAUUCCAAUCAUAACAUAGUAUUACAAUAAACAGUUUUACAACAA